GUGGUUUUCCGCUCAGAUGCUCACAGAACACAAGACAAGCAUGAGGUCUCUGUGUUUGCUCGUGGCCCUGUUGGGGGCGGCCGCUGCGCAAGUCGGCAAAGAAUGUGCUCCGCGGAACUUUGGCUUCGACAGUGUGGCAUGUGUCUGUAAUGCCACCUACUGUGAUGAGAUGGGCGAUGUUGCCUUCCCGGACAGUGGCUUUUUCACCGUCAUCACUUCCUCGCGAGAUGGACUGAGGUUCAGCCCGGAGACGUUGGCUGUGCAGGAUGCUCCGGCAGCUGACUCCGUGGUGGUGAGGAUGGACCACAACAAGGAGUUCCAGACCAUGAUGGGCUUCGGAGGCGCUUUCACGGACUCCGCCGGCCUCAACAUCGUCAAGCUCUCUGAGGCCGCGCAGGAAAACGUGAUGAGGGCCUACUUCUCCCCCGAGGGCAUCGAGUACACCCUGUGCCGCAUCCCGAUCGCCGGCAGCGACUUCUCCGUCCGCCCUUACUCCUAUGACGACGUCGAAGGCGAUGUCGCGCUCGAACACUUCGCGCUCGCCGAGGAGGACGACCUCUAUAAGAUCCCCCUCAUCCUCAGGGCGCAGGAGCUGACCCGCCGGCCCCUCCAGCUCUUCGGGUCGCCCUGGUCCCCCCCCGCCUGGAUGAAGACCAACGGCAAGUUCAACGAGUCAGGGGAACUGAUGAAGGAGUUCUGGCAGCCAUACUCGGACUAUUUUGUCAAGUUCGUCGAGGCGUAUGAGGCCGCGGGCAUUCCGAUGUGGGGUCUUACCACGCAGAACGAGCCCCUCAGUGGCUUCGAUGACAACUGGGGCUGGAACACCUGUGGCUGGACGGCAGAGGACAUGCGCGACUGGAUCAAGGCGAACCUGGGACCUACUCUGGAAGCUGCUGGGAUGAGGCGUCUGGUGUUGAUGAUCGACGACUUCAACAGGGAUACUCUGCCCUGGUACCCCAAGCCGAUGCUGGAAGACCCCGCCUCCGCCCAGUACAUCGACGGAACGGCCGUGCACUGGUACUCUGAUCAGUGGGUCGGCCCCUCGGUCAUGGACGAGACGCAGAUGCUCUUCCCGGACAAGUUCCUGCUCUACACCGAGGCUUGUGAAGGUAAAGGCUUCUUUCCAACCCAUCCAUUUCUCAUUCCUCUUUCACAAAUGUCAUUUCUCUUUCAGAACAUUAACCACUUCUCGACCGGCUGGGUUGACUGGAACAUGGCGCUGGACAUGGCGGGCGGACCGAACUGGGCUGAUAAUUACGUAGAUUCCCCGAUUAUCAUCAAUCCUGACGCGGACGAGUUCUACAAGCAGCCCAGCUUCUACGCCAUGGGCCACUUCAGCAAGUUCAUAUUCCCUGGAGCCAAGAGGGUGUUCUCCACCACGGUGUCUGAGGAGGACGUCGAGGUGGUGGCCUUCCACGAAACAUCGGGGAGGAACGUCUUGGUCUUGCAUAACAGAGGUGAGGAAGCGAAGGACCUUUCAGUCACAGACGAAUCCGGAAUUUACCUCAACUUCCCCAUUCCAGCCAAGGCUCUUCAGACCGUUCUCUUUUAACAAGCGAAGAAUCAAGGAGUGACUUAACUAAUUAGAUAACUUUGCACUAUAGUUGACGGAAAUCAUACUGUGGAUAAAGUCACUCAAAUGGAGUAAUCUCUUUAUUAUGUAUGAGUGCGGAUGAAUCAAUUUAUUUAAAAGCUACGUACAUAAUCAGGGAAAUAGAAUAUGACAUUAUUUGAAGAGAAAUGGGAAAAUGGUGCUGACAAAUGGCGCGCGAACGAGGAACAUUUUGAAAUAUUUAAGACUGACAGAAACAAGAAAUUAUAAUAAAUACAGGUUGAAUAUA